GAAAGAGGCGGGGAGGGAAAUGAAUUCGUUGUAUUUCUUGGCAGAAACCUCAACUGUGCAUGGAGCAAGGACAAAAGGUGGCGGGGGAGGCAAAGAGAAGGAGUCCAUGUGCACGGCCUGUAGGGACUCCGGCUGGCGUCUAAGACACUUUCUUCCACAAAAGGCACAGCCCCAAGGGCGGCAUGUUCCACGUUUCGCCUUCUGGAUGGAGCCCGUCGCUUUGGCGUGUGGAGAGCAUGCAAGACAUGGUGGGCACGACGAGCUUCCAUUCGCCUCCCCUCAGGAAGACGUGCCUUCGCAGGGAGAGCGCGUUUCUUGUCAGGCGCUUUUCAGCUCUGCGGAGAUGGGUUGUGUGAAGUUCCUCCAACUCCUCGCCUGCUCCGUGCUGCUUGUUUGCUCCAGUUCGGCUGAAGAGGAGGAGGAGGAGGAGGAGGUGGUGGCAGGUUUGACGCAGGACCAAGUGGCCCACUUUUUGAAAAAGGGGAUCUUUCUUAUCCAAAGUGAAGACCUCAACAAAUGCAUUAAAGCUGACACAUCCUCCAUGCUUACUCUUGAAGACUGCACUCAAUUUUCCACAAACAUGUUGUGGAAAUGGGGCUCUAAACAGCACCUUUUCAACAUAGGCAGAAGCACUUGUCUAGGGCUAAAUAUCAGUAAUGAAGAGCAGCCAUUAAUCUUGGCUGAAUGUGAUUCAGUUCAGCAUUUGCUAUGGUGGAAGUGCCAUGGGAAGAUGUUGGUUGGUGCAUCGCAGUACAAACUAGCAGUUGAAAAUGACAAAUUUAUUGCAGCAAAAAGAGCUUCUGACUACAGGUGGAAACAUUUCAUGUCUUAUGGUGGAGAUCUUUGCGAACAUGCCUUUAAAGAAACAUAUACCCUAUUGGGAAAUUCCCUUGGUCUACCUUGUGUUUUUCCAUUUAAAUACAACAACAAAUGGCACUAUGAAUGUAUUAGAGAUUACAGAGAAGAUGGAUAUCCCUGGUGUGCCACAACAAGCCAGUAUGAGCAAGAUGAAAAAUGGGGACUUUGUCCAAAUUCUGAAGCUGGCUGUGACAUUUUUUGGAAGAAGAAUGCUGACACUCAGAUUUGUUACCAAUUCAAUCUUUUUUCUGUUCUCCCUUGGAAUGAGGCACAUGUUGCAUGUCAGGGACAAGGAGCAGAUUUGCUAAGCAUCACAGAUACCACAGAACAGAAGUACAUUGGUGAUCUAAGUGAACAGCUGAACACAAAUGAGGUUCUACUGUGGACAGGCUUAAAUCAGCUAGAUGAAGCUGGUGGCUGGCAGUGGUCAGAUGGAGCACCCUUGGCCCUGAUAAAUUGGGGAUCAGAUCCCACUGACAGUUCACUUGGGCAACAUCGUUGUAAAGUGUUUAACUCAAAAGUACAGCAUGACUGGCAAAGUUACUCAUGUGAAUCUGGAUUACCAUAUGUAUGCAAAAAAUAUUUAAAUGCUACUGAACAUGAAACAUUUGAUUCAUGGAAAUUUUAUCCUACUAACUGUGACUAUAAUUGGUAUCCACACAAUCGUUAUUGCUAUAAACUUCAUAAAGAAGAAAAGAACUGGAGUGAAGCUUUACUUUCCUGCCAGGAUGAUAACAGCACACUCAUUAGCAUAACCUCUUUGGCUGAUGUAGAGAUGCUCAUUAACCUUCUUGAAUAUGAAAAUGUCACGGAAACUUGGAUUGGACUAAGCAGUAAUAAGACCCCAAUUGAGUUUGAAUGGUCUGAUGGAUCUGCAGUAACCAUCAGUAGCUGGCACAAACAAGAGCCAAAUAUCCAUCAGAGAAAAAGCCAGCUUUGCGUUUCAGCUCAACAACAUGAGGCGCACUGGAAAGUUAAAAGUUGUGAAGACAAAUACGUUUAUAUUUGUAAAAGAGGAGGAAACGCUGGAAAUUCUAUUUCUGAAGUGGAAUCGGGCUGUCCAGAGGGAUGGGAAAGGCAUGGUGGAUAUUGUUACAAUAUCAACAAAACCCCUCGAAGCUUUGAACAUUCAUCCAGUGGCUAUUACUGUCCCUCCCUUGCAACAGUAAUGAGCAGGUUUGAACAAAGUUUUCUCAACAGCAUGAUUCAUAAUAUAGGGAAAACGGAUAACAUGUAUUUCUGGAUAGCACUACAAGAUCUGAACAAUACCGGGGAAUAUACUUGGCCUUCUGAAGAUGGAGAUCCCCAUCUUAUGACCUAUACAAACUGGAACAAGUAUCAGCCAAGGCAUCCUGGAGGGUGUGUUGUUAUGCGACAGGAGAAGCCUGUUGGUGUUUGGGAGGUGAAAAACUGUACAGGUUUCAAGGCUAUGUCACUGUGCAAGCAAGAAGCCAAAUUUCAUGAAGAACAUGAGCCUAAAUCUGAACAAUCACAUUUUGAAGAACCUUCUAUAUCUUGUAUGUUUGGAUGGGAAUCAAAUCCUAAUCUGCUCAACUGCUACAAGAUAUUUCACAGUGAAAAAGUAUUGAUGAAAAGAUCUUGGGAUGAAGCAGAAGCAUUGUGUCAAGAUUUUGGAGCACAUCUUGCCAGUUUUACACAUGUCUCUGAAGAGGAUUUUAUAAGCAAACUUUUAAACACAAUGUUUCACAAUGUUGAAGACAGACAGUUCUGGAUUGGACUUACUAAAAGGAACCAAUUAUCUGGAGGAUCCUGGGAAUGGUCUGAUGGAACUCCAGUUACAUUUGCCUUUUUAGAGAAUGCUAAUGUUGAAGAUGAUGUGAGGAACUGUGCUGCAUUUAAAGUCAAUGGAACAGUCUUGUUGCUGCAUUGUCAGUCAGAGCAUGAAUGGAUAUGCAAAAUACCAAAAGGUGUCAAACCAAAGAUUCCACAGUGGUACAUUAAUGAACCAUCAUGGUUUUAUUAUCAAGGUGCAGAGUACCUUUUCCAUGUCAGUGCCUCAGACUGGGCCACUUUUCAAUUUGUUUGUGGUUGGCUCCAUGGUGAUAUAGUGACAAUACACUCCUCUAAAGAACAAGAAUUUAUUCAAAACAGAAUCAAAAAGCAAUCGAAAGCUAAUAACAAUUGGUGGAUUGCAUUGCAUUCAGUAUCACCCGAUGAAGGAUUUCGUUGGGCGGAUGACACGCCAUUAUUAUACCAGAACUGGGAAGGAGGGGCAGAGAGUCUUAUUUAUGCUCAGGGAGAAAAAUGUGGUUUUAUUUCUUCAGAAACAGGGCUUUGGGGUUUUGCAGACUGUACCAUUUCUCUUCCUUGUAUCUGCAAACGUAAGAUGAUAUGGGUAAUUGAGAGACCAAUACCAAAAGAGAAUAAUAGUCAAGGAGUAUGUCCAAAAGGAUGGCUAUACUUUGGUUUCAAGUGCUUUCUAGUGCAGAUUCCAAAGGAUGCAAACCAUAUGAAGAACUGGUAUUCUGCCCAAACACUCUGCAAUCAAUAUGGUGGAUCACUUGCUUCAGUUGAAAAUGAAAUAGAACAAGCAUUCAUAACAAUGAAUCUGUUUGGACAUAAAUCUAACAUCUGGAUUGGUCUGCAGAGUAAUGAUUAUGAAAAAUGGGUUAAUGGGCAGGAAGUAGAAUAUUCCAAUUGGUCUCCAGUAGACGUAAUGCAUAAUCUCCAUAAUUACAGUGCCAAAAUACAAGAAAAAGCUCCACUAUGUACUUUAAUAUUAAAUAAUCCUAGUUUCAAUUUAAUGGGGAAAUGGUACCUAGAAAAUUGUGAAAACGUUUAUGGAUUUGUCUGCCAGAAGGCUCAAGAUACUUCCAGAUAUGUCAUAGACUCUUCCGUGAUGUAUCCAGUACCAGAUACUUUAGAAUAUGCAGACAGGACAUAUACAUUAAUCAGUGGGAAUAUGACUUGGUACAUGGCUUUAAAAACAUGCAAGACAAAUGGGGCUGAACUGGUCAGCAUUUCAGACCACUAUCACCAAGCCUUCCUCACUGUCAUCAUAAAUCGAUUAGGCUACACUCACUGGAUUGGAUUGUUCACUUCAGAUGAUGGCCUUAGCUUUCAGUGGUCAGAUGGUACAAAGCCUUUUCUUAUGUUCUGGGAAGAUGAGGAAUCACAGACAUCUGGAAGGUGUGUUUACAUUGAUAUUAAUGGACGCUGGAGAAGAACCAGUUGUGAGACACUUUUGAAUGGAGCAGUUUGCCACAUUCCACCCAAGAGAAAACCAACUGAAUAUAAAGGAUUGUGUAAUGAAAAAACAGUCCCUUGGAUAAAAUUUAAAAACAGUUGCUACAGCUUUUCCACCGUUUUAGAGAACUCAAAUUUUGAUGAAGCAUUCGAAUUUUGCAAAAAGCAAGGUUCUAAUCUUCUAACUGUUAAAGACGACAAUGAAAAUAUAUUUCUUCUGGAAGAGCUACAUUCUUUUGGGUCCUUAGUUGAAAUGAUUUGGCUUAACAUCCACUUUCUUACCAAUAAUAACACCAUUGUAUGGUUUGAUGGCUCUCCUCUCAAUUUUUCAAACUGGGGCAUCAAGGAACCUGAACCGGGUCAGCUGAAAGGAAAUGUUUGCAUUGCUUUGAGGACCACAGAUGGAAUCUGGCAAUUAUCACCUUGCCAAGAAAGAAAAGGAUUUGUAUGUAAAACCAGUACAGAUUAUCAUGAGGUUACCAUACAGUCAGUGAAAGUGUCAUACCAUCAAAUGGUAGUCCUGGGGAUAUUUACAAUGCUGAUGAUAAUUGCUAGUGCUUGUGCAUGUUGGUGGUGCUUGCACAAACCCAGUAAUCUCUUUAGAGGGAUUUUGUGGUUCAGAAAUGCCUGCCCUGCCGAGGUAAAGUCGGAAGUUCCUGCGGUUGAAGAAACUAUCCUUAUUUCUGAUCUUGGGCGGAAUGAUGACCUUUAAUGCUGCAAUAGUAGGGAUCAUGAACAAAUUCAUUUAAUAUGCAAUUUACAAGAAUAAAAAUAAAAAGCUCAGCAGUCUCUAUCAAAAAAUAAUAAUGUUGUGAUCUGAUUACAGCUUAGGAUGAGAUCAUGUUCAUCCAUCAACUUUAAAAUAAAAAACUGAUUCAGCUCUCAUUUUGCCAUGUUACAUUCAUCACAGUGUACAGACUGGAAUUUUGGGAGCAAGGGCAUGUCUAAAAGCAGAUUGGAUAUUAUUGGUAUGGAAUGUCCUGUGAAUCUGCUGGAAGAGUCCUUUUGCAAGAUCAAGUACAGUUCCUUAGAAAACUACCUUUAAAGAUCUUAACUCUUGAAACUUGACCAGCAAGAUCAUUAGUUUAUUUCCUUUUAAGGAAUCCAGAUGUCUUGCUUCAGUUUUAUAGGAAUUUAGCACAGUUGCAGAAAGGCCUAUCAUUCAGGGGAUGCAUUUCCUCUAACAAGGGGAAGGAUAGUCCUUUCCUAAACCUAUUUACCUAAAUGCAAGAUUAGUUUUUUCCAAAUUCUUUGUUGUUAGACAUCAGGGGCUUGUCUUAAAUUCAGAGUUAUCUUCCUUUUGAGUAAGUGUAAGUAUAACCUGUAUUUCACCUGCAUUUUUAAGGGGAUCGUUGUCUUAAAUCCAGAGUCAUGUUU